AUGAUAAGAUUAACUGUUCGGCCAACUACAGCUCAGUUUCCUUCUGCUAAGCUUAUGGUGAAAUGGGCGGAAACGGAUGAUGACAAGGAUGAUGUAGAAUUUGCAUUGAGAGAAGGCGGGGGUCGAUCUGGCCACAUCGUCCAUCCGCUUAUCUCAAAGAAUACUUACAACGAGAGACGAUAUCCUUCCGCUUUGUUGAAAGCUUUCGAUGAUCCUUGGUUGGAAGAGAGGCGGCCGUGGAUGCUGGUGAAGUUUGGUUACGCAACUUUUGCAAUCCGGAAUGAAGAUCUGAUUUGGAAAGCUGUCGAGGAAGUAAUCAACGAACUUGGCAGAUACUCAGUAUUCUUGGAAAAAUGCCCUUCGUACUACAGCCUCAGUUGUAACACCCAAAAGGAGUCGACUAUUGCUCAGGUAGCAAAUGGGAUAUACAGUCAUCUCGAGGCAGAGCAACCAAGCGUUUAUCCAGUUUUGUUGCUUAUCGAUGAUUUUGAUGGCAAAUUUUCCGAUUUUAUAAAGCAGCUUUUCGCAAAAUACGUUUAUAUUUUUACACUGAGUGGUCAAGAAGUCGCCGAUAUAGCUGCAAGUAGUGAGGAAUACCCGUACAUAGAGCUGAGGGAUUGGUGCAAGGAGUUCUCUGCUCUUAUUGCGAAUUCGGAAGGUGGAAGAUGUUUAUUUCCCGCAAGUUGUCCAAAUUCUGCUGAAAGAACAUCUCGAGAAGAAGAGUACGAGUGA